AUGAAAGACGAAUUUAAACGGAACGAAUUGUUAUGCUCUUCUAAAUUUUAUAAGCAGGGCAAAGAUAAACUGCCUAAAAUGAAGCAAGAUUUUUCCAAGGUCAAUGCUAACGAGGUUGCUUCAAAAGACCUUACAGCUUCAGAAGUCAGAGAGAUGUUGUACAUUCACAAUCAUUCUAAUGAUUGUGAUCGUUCAAUGUUGCAUCAACUAAUAUACUCCAAUAAUGCCAUAAAUGAGUUCAAUGGUGACAAUGUUUUUGAUAUAAUAUCAAAAACAAAAAAAAUUAAUGUAAAGAAUGAUUACUUUUUUUAUGGCUAUACAAGUGGGUUGGAUUGUUCAAUAGACAAGAUGACCAUUUCUAGUGUAUUGGAUAAUCGAAUUGAAGUUGAGUAUACAAAACCUUCUUCAAAUCAUGAGUUUCUAAUAGCAGAUUACCUGAGAAACAAACGACCAAGUGGGAAAAUACCGACGGAAAUGUUUGUCGAAUGCGAAAGCGACAGCGACGAAGAUAAGCCUACACCAGAUGUUUUCAACAUAAUUGGGACGAUCAAAGUUUCAAAUAUUAAACAACAAAAUACACAAAGUACAGGCAAGUUACUUGUCACUGGCAUUGACAAGUUUGGUAGGGAAAUUCAAGCUUUUUUAUCGCAACAAAGUGAUGGUAAUUGUUACAUUUGCAAGUUUACAGGCACUAGUACAGUAGAAUUAUGUAAUGGAGUGGAAUAUUUUGGGCAAAUAACAUUUAACGAUAUAUAUCAUGCUAUGUCACUUGAAAAAUCCUUCCACAAAUUACUUUUGGAGACUGGAGAAUUCAAGUUUCAACUCAUCCUCAAAUUUGCUAGAUUCGUAUUAGCAGCAAAACUGUUACGAUCGCCUGAUUCAGCCGACCAAAUCACACAACUGCAAAAGAUCACUUCAAAUAUCAUUUGGUCCUGUGCUUGGCAAAACUGGGAAUAUGCAGGGCCAAAUCUCUUAACAGAUCUAUCAGCGGCAACCGCAUUGGAAACUCCCAUUGACCAAUUGCUAGAACAAGGAAGGGAACUUGAAGCACCACCCAUACUAAUUGAAUCGAUGAGGAAUAUGAUACAAAUGUUGGAUACAGAGAGCUGUGAUGAAAAGCAUUCGCUCAAGAUUCUUGAUAUUUACAAAACCCAGAUAUUGCCCGCGUUCAACGAAUGGUACCAAGGAAUAAGACUGUACAGCACAAAGGGCAUGGGUGGGUAA